AUGGGUCAGGGUGUGUCGGGUUACACUACCGGUGCUAAGCCUACGCCACGAAAUGCUGAGAGGAAGGGCUUUGCGAUUAGUAAGAAGGGAUACCUCGAGUUCGACGGGACUGGGACCAUGGCUUGCCCGCCUGGCGAGAAGAAUAAGGAUGCUGGUUGGAGCAUUUGGUUCACGAAUGCGAAGAAGCCGGGGUUCCAGGAGGGGUGUUUGGAAGUUGCGUUGAGGGCUGUUAAAGCGGAUAAGCCGGUGAGCUGUUUUUACACUUCUUCUUCUUCUUAG